GUACAGGCGCACCCCCUAUCGCUCGCUCGCCGAACCCCUAGCCCAAACCCUCGCCCGCCCUCACCGCCGCCGCCGACCCUCGCCGCUCUUCCGCCGGAGCGGCCCUCGCCUACGGCCGCGGAGCCCGCUCUAGCCCGACGACGCGGCGCACGGGGGACUCGCCCCCAUCCGACGCCAUCAGGCUUCUUCAUCCUACAUCCCGAAGGCGCUUGGUUCGUGGGCGCGGAGUGUUUCGGCCGGGUAUUGUGCCCGGGUAGGAGCCCCUAGGCGGGCGCGUCCGCCAUGUUCCCUUCGAAAGGGCCCAGUCACUACGGCCAGCAGCCGCCGUAUGGCGGGCAGCAGCCGUAUGGCCAAAUUCCUGGUAGCACUGGAUUUACAGCACCGGCAGCGGUGGGUGGCGCCGAUGGUGGUCGGUUCGGUGCCCGAGCUGGACAGGGGGCUGCUGCGCAGUAUGGCGGGCCGUACGCUUCAGUUUAUGGCGCACAACAGGUUGGUGGACUUGGUGGAAAAGGUCCAGCUUCUUCAACUCUUCCUAGCUUGCCAACUCGUCCAACUUCGCUCUCUGAGUCAUCUAAGUUCUCGUCUGCACCUGUGGGGUCUAGCCUGGCAAGACCAAAUGAUGACUAUAUGGCUGUGCGUGGAUAUGCACAGAAGCUAGAACAGUAUGGCACUGAUUAUCCACUAGAGAGAAGGAUGUAUGGUGAACACUCAGCUAAUCUUGGUAGGAGAGAUGGUCUCAGUGAUUUGGAUAGAAGGUAUCCUGAUCAUAUGCCUGCUGGUCACCAGGUUCAUGACCAUAUGGAGCAGGGUUCAUCUAUGCGCCACCAGCAGCUCCUGAAAGGCCAGCUGCAGCCUGGAUCUGAUACAAGACAAGCCGAUUACUUUGCAGGAAGGUCCGCUCCAAUCCAUCAAGCAUCCCAGGAAAUUGGUGCAUAUGGAAGAGUCGAAGCUGAGAGUCGCAACAUGUCCAUUCUUGGGACUGCUCCAUACGGAAGACAGCAGGCAGCUUCAUUGUUGGAAGGAGCUCCAAGGACAAACAUUGACAGCCUCUACGGACAAGGAUCAUCAAGUACUGGAUAUGGGGCAGGUCUGCCUCCUGGACGUGAUUAUUCCUCGGGGAAAGGCCUGCUCCACCCAUCUUCAGAUCCUGAUUACCGAGAUAGCAUCUUACCCCGCGUACAUCCAGGCAUCUCCAUGGUUGAUGAACGUAGAGUUGAUCGCAUUGGUUAUCGCCGCGAACUGGAUAUAAGAGAUGAAGAGCGCAGAAGGGACCUAAUGCUGGAAAGAGAGAAGGAGCUUGAAUGGGAGCGGGAACGUGAGUUACGAGACUUGCGAGAUCGUGAAAGAGAAAGAGAGCGUGAAAGGGAAAGGGACCGUGAAAGACUACUAAGAGAACGUGAUAGAGAACGGGAACGCGAACGUGAAAGAGAAAGGGAACGCGAACGUGAAAGAGAACGACUACGUGAGCGGCGGGAGAAGGAGAGAGAACGGGAUAGAAAGCACGGAGCUGAUCCAAGGCGGGAGCACACUCCACCUAGAGUACCUGGUGAUCGACGACGUUCUUCUUCUGUUAGAUCUGAGAAGCCUGUUCGGCGAGUUUCCCCUCGACGUGAAGCUGUGCAUAGGCAUCGUUCACCUGUUAAAGAAAUAAAGAGAGAAUAUAUUUGCAAGGUGCUUCCAUUUCGCUUUGUGGAUGAUGAGAGGGAUUAUCUGUCCUUGACAAAACGAUAUCCCAGACUUGCAAUUAAUCCAGAAUUUUCUAAGAUUGUCUUGAACUGGGCUAAAGAAAACUUAAAUCUUUCUCUCCAUACACCAGUAAGUCUGGAGCAUGAUAUCCAUGAUGCUGAUGAUUGUGCUGAUGAAGGAGCAAUGAUCUCUUCUGAGAAAACAUCAAGCUCCGAUACUCCAGUCACCAUUUGGAAUGCAAAGGUACUAUUGAUGAGUGGCAUGAGCAAAGGUGCCUUUGCUGAAAUAACUUCAUUGAGAAAUACUGAGGAACGAGUUUUGCACUUGAACAAUCUCUUAAAAUUUGCUGUGUUCAAGAAGGAUCGCUCUCUUUUUGCAAUUGGGGGCCCUUGGAAUGCAGCAAUAGAUGGUGGUGAUCCAUCAGUUGACUGUUCUUGCUUGAUUCGAACUGCCAUCAGAUGUGUUAAGGAACUGGUUCAAGUUGAUCUUUCUAAUUGCACCCACUGGAAUCGUUUUGUCGAGGUCCAUUACAAUAGAAUCGACAAAGAUGGACUCUUUAGUCAUAAAGAAAUUACUGUACUGUUUGUGCCUAAUCUGUCGGAAUGCCUGCCUUCAGUUGAUAUAUGGAAGAAUAACUGGAUUGCAUAUAGAAAAUCAAAGGCAGAAAGGGAGCAGCUCACUAUGAAAAAGGAAAAGAGCCCUGGUGAAUCAAAAGAGCAGAAGCAAGGGGAACUGAACAAGGGUAAAAGUAUAGAUGGUGACCUUUUAAAAGAAGGUGAUGUUGGAUCCAGUGAUAUGAAAAAUGAUAAAGUUGAUGCUGAUAUGGAUCAGAAAGGUACGGAUGUGGAAGGUAAGGUUGAUAAAGUUGAGGAACCCACUGAGAAGAUGGGUGGGGAUGUUGAAGCAAAAACUACAGAGGGCUCCUCCAUUGACCAUGCGGCUGGGGAUAAAAAGCCCAUAAAAAAGAAAGUAAUAAAAAAGGUUAUGAAAGUUGUUCGGAAAAAACCAACCGCUGGAGCUUCAGCUUCAGCUUCAGCUGAUAAAUCUUCUACUGAGGGCAAGAAUGUUGCAGCAGAAUCUGCAAGCAAAACUGCAGAAGGGGGGCAGAGUCAACAAAACAGUGAGGAUGCUGGAAAAGAACAGGAGGGAGCUGGCAGCAAUCAGCAGCCUGAAGCAAAGAAAACCAGUAAGAAGAGAAUAAUUCGAAGGGUUGUUAAAAGAAAAGUUUCUGCUUCAGGGUCUCAGUUGACUGCUCCUGCUACCCCUGCCGAAACGAGUAAGAAAGAAGCAGAAGUUCAGCCAGAGAAAAAUGUUGAGAGUUCAACCGAUGCUGGAACUUCUCAGACUAAGCUGCAAGAAGGGUCCAAAACUUCUGCUGAAGAUGUCUCAAGUCAGAAGGAUCAGAAGGAAGAAGAGAAACCAGAGGAAAAGGAGCACACAUUGACUGAUGGCAGAAGUCCAAAUGGUGAUAAGGCUAAUCACAAGGAAGCUGUGGAACAAAAAGAUAUGAAAAAGGAUGGAAAGAAAGAGAAGACAAAGGAUGAUAAAGAGAAGAAGAAUAGAGACAUCAAGGUGGAUCCAAAGCUAAAGCCACUAAAUGACUUGAAAGAAAAGAAGAAGUCUGAUGAACCUCCGAAAUAUCCAGGAUUCAUUCUUCAGGCAAAAAGGAGUAAAGAAUCUAAACUCCGUUCGACAUCCCUUUCGUUGGACGGCCUCCUAGAUUAUACUGCCAAGGAUAUAGAGGAGUCAGUGUUUGAGCUUUCUUUGUUUGCUGAGUCAUUCAGUGAAAUGCUUCAACACAGAAUGGGUUGUGUUAUCCUGUCUUUUCUUGAGAAACUGUCCAAGCGUUAUGUUUUGAAGAGGAAUCAACGUAAACGCCAAAGAGAGGAAGAUCUAAAGAAAGAAGAGAAGAAAUCCUCAGAGAAGCGACCCAAGACAGCUCAUGAGACCAUAACUGAAAGUGCUGGUAAUCCAGGGGGGGAUGUUAAAAUGACAAAAGAGGGUGAAGAAAAGAUGAGCACAGAUCAUUCAGCAAGCGUCCAUGAUGAACAGUCAAAAGAGGGUCAGGUAAAAUUAGGCACUGAUCAUCCGAUCGCUAACCUUGAUGAACCAGCAAAAGAGGGUGGGGAAAAGAUGAACACUGAACAUUCAGAAGCUGCCCUCAAUGAAGCUGAAGCUGGUACAAAGAUGGAUGAGGAAGAUCCUGAGUACGAGGAAGAUCCUGAAGAAAUAGAAAUAUAUGAAGAUGAUGAGGACAUGGAUGAUGCUCAUGCUGAAGAACCCACUGCAGAACUGAAUGAGGAUGACAGAGAGGCUAAGCCAGAAGUAGCUGCAGAAGAUGGUGGAAAUAACAAAAUUACGAAGGAGCCUGAAUUGGAAAAUGUCGCUAAUAUCCACGACAAAGCUGCUUCAGUGGAGGAAAAGCAGUCUAUGGCAGAGAAAGGAGACUCGGUGGAAGGUGGAGAGAAGGUAGUUAGUAAGGAGGUGAAGCCAGCAAAAGAUGAGGUGGUUGAUAAGGAACUAUUGCAGGCCUUUAGGUACUUCGACCAAAACAGAGCAGGAUAUCUCAAGGUGGAUGAUUUAAGAUGUAUUCUUCACAACUUGGGGAAGUUUUUAUCGAGCAAGGAUGUGAAGGACUUGGUUCAAAUUGCUCUUAUUGAGAGCAAUUCUGCAAGGGACAAUCGCAUACUCUAUCCAAAGCUUGUGAAGAUAGUUGACCUGUGAUCUGGAGUUGCCUUGACCCCUGUUAGCAUGUUCAAGUCAACUAUGAUGGACUCCUUGGAUUAGUUAUAAAGGGAUUGGCUACCUGUUUGCAGAGGAGCAGUUUUUCUUUUCUGGUUGGAUGUUUUUUUUUUCUUUGCUCUUUUUUUUGUCAUAUCAUAAACUGGGCAACCCUGUUGUGCUGCAUCAAGGAAAAUUGCAGUUCAUGAAUGCUUGCACCCGAGGGAAAAAAAAACUUUGAAAUAAUGCUUAUUGGUGCCA